AGACAUCAACCCCGUUCAAAAAAAAAUGUGUUGUGGAGUUUACGCCAUGUUUCGUUGAUGCCCCGUGGUUUAUGCUUCAGCGAUUAUAAAUGAUAAACGUCUUCAAAACGGGGUUGUCUUUGAAUUGAGCUACAGUUUGGGGACCGCGGAAAGGAAGCUCUGGUUUUUCUGGGUGAUCAUACCUACCUGCUGGUGCUUGCCUUGCCCGCAUUACAAUGGUUGCGUCCUGUAUUGACGUUUGCCUGGGUCCAUCGUCGCUGUGGUGCUGAAAAGAAACGAACCCGUGCGGCCGUAGCUAGUGCAUGCUGCUGCGAACGAUGAGGAGGUUUCUGUGGACCUGCAGCGGAUGAAUUGCACCACCUCGCCCACUUAUUGCUGUGUUCUUGAUUUUAUCCCUCAAAACCUGGACUCUACCGGCGCAGUUUAUGAAGACCCAGUGUGGACAGUAAUGACCUCACGCUCCCGGUUGCCAUCUGGCAGUAACGACAAUGUCCGAGCAUCAGAGCUGGCACAAGACAGGCAGCACACAGAGGUGGUCUGUAAUGUUCUUCUGCUGGAUAACACAGUUCAAGCCUUCAAAGUUAAUAAGCACGAUCAAGGACAGGUCCUGCUGGAUGUAGUGUUUAAACACCUGGAGCUGACGGAGAGAGACUACUUCGGCCUCCAGCUGGCCGACGACUCCUCAGACAGUCAGAGGUGGCUGGAUCCAACCAAACCCAUUAGAAAGCAAUUAAAAAGGAGGUCUCCACACAGUUUGAAUUUUAGGGUUAAAUUCUUUGUAACCGACCCCAAUAAACUUCAGGAGGAGUAUACAAGGUACCAGUACUUUUUGCAGAUUAAACAGGACAUACUUAGUGGAAGGCUGCCGUGUCCGUACAUCACAGCCGCUCUUCUUGCUUCAUACGCCGUUCAGUCUGAGCUAGGGGACUACAGUCAGGACGAGAACUUGCCCGGCUACCUCUCCGGAUACUCUUUCAUCCCCAACGCACCACAUGACUUUGAGAAAGAGAUUGCCAAACAGCAUCAGCAACACAAGGGACUGCCUCCUGCCCAGUCAGAGUUCAAUUAUCUAAACACAGCACGGACGCUAGAGCUCUAUGGAGUGGAAUUGCACUAUGCCAGGGAUCAAAGCAACACUGAGAUUUUAAUCGGAGUGAUGUCAACUGGGAUUGUCACCUAUAAGAACAGGGUACGAAUCAACUGCUUUCCAUGGCUCCAGAUUGUAAAGAUCUCGUUUAAAUGUCGACAGUUUUUUAUUCAACUCAGAAGAGAAUUGAAUGAGAGCCGUGAGGCGCUGUUAGCCUUUCACAUGGUGAACUACCGAGCCUGUAAGAACCUAUGGAAGGCCUGUGUAGAGCACCACACCUUCUUCAGACUGGACCGACCCUUACCACCACAGAAGAACUUCUUUGCACACGUCUUCCAACUGGGCUCCAAGUACCGCUACUGUGGUAGGACAGAGGUGCAGUCUGUCCAGUACGGCAAGGAGAAGGGCAUCAAGGACAGGGUGUUUGCCAGGUCUCCCAGUAAGCCCUUGGUGCGGCGGCUGAUGGAUGGAGGGAUGGACUGGGAGUCAGUCAGCCGGAACUCCAGAGCCUCUCUGUCUGACGACCGCCUGGAGACCCAGAGCCUGCCCACACGCUCCCCACCAGGCACCCCCAACCACAGGAACUCCAAGUUUGCACAAGAGCGCCCGCGGCCGUCCUCCGUGGGACACCUGCUGGACCAUGUGAUCUACCACGACCCUGCCUCGCCCUGCCAAACCUUCACCAAUCACAAGUCAGCCUCCUCAACCCAGGCCAACUCCAUCAGCCUAGAUUCUACCCCGUCACCAGACUCGACCAUCGACGACCAGCCGCCCGCUCUGCCCCCUAAGCAGACCAGGAGGCCUCUGUCCAGCCAGUCCCAGUCCCACUCUCAGCAGGAGUUGGACAACCACAUCAAUGAGCUGUAUGACACGCCUCUGUCAGAAGACAAGACUAUGCCCAAUGGAGUGCUUCCUCAUGACAAUCUGGUAUUCAUUAAAAUGUGCCCCGACGAACAAGGCCGAUUUGGAUUCAAUGUGAAGGGUGGGCUGGACCAGAAGAUGCCUGUGAUCGUGUCCCGAGUGGCCCCGGGAACAGCGGCUGACCUGUGUGUUCCCCGGCUGAACGAGGGAGACCAGGUGGUUCUGAUUAACGGUCAGGACAUCUCAGAGCACACCCACGACCAGGUGGUCAUGUUCAUCAAGGCCAGCUGUGAGGAGAGCGACUCAGGAGAGCUGAACCUGCUGGUCAGACCCAACGCCAUGUAUGACCUGGUGGAGGAGGAGAAGCUGGAGGAUGGAGAUACAGAGUCUAACUACCAGUACUCCCCAGAGAGGGCUCCCCAGGACCAGCCCCAGGACCAGCCAGACCACCACCCAUCCUGCUGGAGAGACUCCAUACUACAGCUGAAAGAAGGCUUGAGCACUGGGGCCGUACAGCAACAGUUUGAUCAACUCUACCGGAAAAGGCCUGGAUUGACAAUGUCAUUUGCCAAAUUACCUCAGAACAUUUCCAAAAAUCGAUAUCGAGACAUUUCACCGUAUGAUGCAACCAGGGUUAUUCUGAAGGGCGAGGAUGGGGACUAUAUCAAUGCAAAUUACAUCAAUAUGGUGAUCCCAGCGUCCAGUGCUGUAAACCGUUACAUCGCGUGCCAGGGCCCGCUGCCCGCCACCUGCUCUGACUUCUGGAGGAUGACUUGGGAACAGGGCUCCAACAUGGUGGUCAUGCUCACCACGCAGGUGGAGAGAGGACGGGUGAAGUGUCAUCAGUAUUGGCCCAACCCUGGUGCCACUGCUACCCAUGGGGACUUCCUGGUGUCCUGUGUGACGGAAGAAGAGCAAUCAGCAUUCCUGGUCAGAGAGAUAACUCUCACACACCUGGAGAGUGAAGAGAGCAGGCCGCUGACUCAGAUCCAGUACAUGGCCUGGCCUGACCACGGAGUACCUGAUGACUACACUGACUUCCUGGACUUUGUCAGUCUGGUCCGCAGGAAGAGGGAGGGCAAGGAGGAGCCAGUGAUAGUACACUGCAGCGCUGGGAUUGGUCGGACGGGGGUGCUCAUCACCAUGGAAACAGCCAUGUGUUUGAUUGAGUGCAAUCAGCCCGUGUAUCCGUUGGAUAUCGUGAGGACAAUGAGAGACCAGAGGGCCAUGAUGAUCCAGACUCCGAGCCAGUACAGGUUUGUCUGUGAGGCGAUCCUCAAGGUGUACGAGGAGGAGCUGGUCAAACCCCUGACGCCCACAAAGCCCCUGACACCCGUAGAGUCUCUGACGCCCACAAAGCCCCUGACACCCGUAGAGUCUCUGACGCCCACAAAGCCCCUGACACCCGUAGAGUCUCUGACGCCCACAAAGCCCCUGACACCCGUAGAGUCUCUGACGCCCACAAAGCCCCUGAUACCCGUAGAGUCUCUGACGCCCACAAAGCCCCUGACACCUGUAGAGUCUCUGACGCCCACAAAGCCCCUGACACCCGUAGAGUCUCUGACGCCCACAAAGCCCCUGACACCCGUAGAGUCUCUGACGCCCACAAAGCCCCUGACACCCGUAGAGUCUCUGACGCCCACAAAGCCCCUGACACCCGUAGAGUCUCUGACGCCCACAAAGCCCCUGAUACCCGUAGAGUCUCUGACGCCCACAAAGUUCCUGACGCCCACAAAGCCCCUGACACCCGUAGAGUCUCUGACGCCCACAAAGCCCCUGACACCCGUAGAGUCUCUGACGCCCACAAAGCCCCUGACACCCGUAGAGUCUCUGACGCCCACAAAGCCCCUGACACCCGUAGAGUCUCUGACGCCCACAAAGCCCCUGACACCCAUAGAGUCUCUGACGCCCACAAAGCCCCUGACACCCGUAGAGUCUCUGACGCCCACAAAGCCCCUGACACCCAUAGAGUCUCUGACGCCCACAAAGCCCCUGACACCCGUAGAGUCUCUGACGCCCACAAAGCCCCUGAUACCCUUAGAGUCUCUGACGCCCACAAAGCCCCUGAUACCCGUAGAGUCUCUGAUGCCCACAAAGCCCCUGACACCCGUAGAGUCUCUGACGCCCACAAAGCCCCUGACACCCAUAGAGUCUCUGACGCCCACAAAGCCCCUGACACCCGUAGAGUCUCUGACGCCCACAAAGCCCCUGAUACCCGUAGAGUCUCUGACGCCCACAAAGCCCCUGAUACCCGUAGAGUCUCUGACGCCCACAAAGCCCCUGACACCCGUAGAGUCUCUGACGCCCACAAAGCCCCUGAUACCCGUAGAGUCUCUGACGCCCACAAAGCCCCUGACACCCAUAGAGUCUCUGACGCCUACAAAGCCCUUGACGACCUUAGAGCCCCUGACACCCACAGAGCCCCUGACACCCACAGAGCCAGAGGUAGAGACAGAGAGAGUCAGCUUUAUCCCUCCUGGGACUGACUGACUGACACAGGGCUGCAUGGGCCUAAGCACCACCCUCUUCUUCCACAGCCUGUCUGUCUAUCUGUCUGUUUAGAGCCUGUCUGUCUGUCUGUCUAGAGCCUGUCUGUCUGACUCCCUCAGUCACAAUAGUUUCUUCCCACAUCCACCAUCUUGAGUCUGGCAAGAGAGACGACAUUCAUAACCAUGGAGACGACUAUGGACAACCACUCAAACUGGCCUGGGAGGGGAAACAAAGCACUGUUGCACUUUAUGACGACAAAACGCGAUACUUUGGAGAAUUAAAGGAAGAAGAAAAAAAGAAACAAAGUUACGAUGAUCAACUGGAAUUUGGGAUAUUAGCAAGUGUCCAGGAUCAAGAGAGAAGUGAGAAACAGAACAGUAUCUGGAUUGGAUAAUAUUGCUGUAGUGUCAUUACUUUCAGACAAACCUUCAUAAUGAACCAGACCACUCAAUGGAAAGUGGACUGACGUUUGUUUUCAACCCGUCAGUGCAUCAUCACCAAGUGUCACAUCAGUGGUUCCUUCACAGACUAGUCUUUCUGUCUUUGAUUACACCAUAGACUUAAGAGUCCAUUUUCUUUUUUAAAAUACACUAUUCAUCAACUAAAGAUCCAUUCAGAAGUGGGUUGACCCCUCUAUGUGAGGUCCUAGUAAAGCACUCUGACUACUCUAUGGUACUACUCAUCUUACCAUCUCGUUAUUUCUCUCAUUGAGGCUAUUGGUUGUCAGAUGGGUACUUUUGGGCUUUUAUGUUAAUUUGUCUACAGAUUAGAAUCAUCUCCAGGGUAAGUUCUUACAACUCCAAGUUGUAAGUCCUUUGUGAAGGAUUUUCCCCAAACCAAGGUAAAAGGCGGGGUAGGUUAGGAGCAGUGGAGGCUGCUGAGGGGGAGGACGGCUUAUAACAAUGGCUGGAGAGCAGUCAUUGGCGUGGCAUCGACCACAUGGAAACCAUGCGUUUGUUACCGUUCCAUUGGCUCUAUUCCAGCCAUUGUUAUGAGCCGUCCUCCACUCAGCAGACUCCACUGGUUAGGAGGAGUCUGUUGACUCCUCCCUCCUCCUUUACCAUAAUCUCAUUAGCUGAUUACCUGUCAUUGAGCUCGGCCCUAUGUGGUGGUGGUGGUGUUGUUGUUAUUUUUGAGGCAGCUAUUCAACUUUGAUUCAGAUGGCUCAACAUGUGACGGUACAUCGGUCUCUCGAAGAUGCUAUACCACUAGCCCAAAACGGGUAGUAUUUAAAUGCAGGUUUUGUUAUUCCUAGUAACAUAGAAUGACCUUGCCAUGCAGGAUUGGGUUGGUACAGUACAUAGGUGGUUUAUCAAGUGUCAUUGCAUCAGAUUUUGAAAUUGAAUAUGAGGUAUUCAGAGCUCUCUGAGAGCAUCGGGGUAUUUGGUACCAUGGUACUGUACAUCAGGAUUUUAGGCAGUACAUACAGACGGUACAUACAUUACAUAAAACGACUGAGCUUUCAGGACCAAUAGGUUUUUAGCCUUGUGAGUAAAACAAAAAGUUUUCAAAUUGUGUUGAAAAGCGAUAAGGCUCAAGCUAUAGAUUUGCUUCUGAUAUUUUUUAUAAGAGACCCUUUUUGCUUCUUGGGAAUGGACAGCACUUUUCAGCUGAACUUGUAGCAUAUUUGCUGCUAUGUAUGAUUAGACCCCCAAAAAUUAUUUUGGAAUUGUAUUUAGCAUUUUCUUAAUAUUUGUUGGAUAUAGACACCUCUAUGGGAAAUUUAAGCUAUAUGGUGUCAUCUAGAGUUGUGUAAUGUAACUAGUGUACAUUUACCAUGGUAAUUUAUAAGGUUUAAUGAAAUUUAAAAUAAUGUGAGACUAAGUUAUUUUUUAUAUGAGCAGAAAAGUUCCAAACUUUUCCACUUGUGUAAAGUCCUGCUGGAAUUAGAAAUGAUUGUUAUGGGAAAGCAUUGCAAUAGAUGCAUGCUGUGUAAAAGUGCUCUCCAUAAAUCCAGUGGCAGUGGAAAGAAUUGGGACCGGCAACAUGAAGCUCUGUACACUGACUAAUAGAUUAAUCACCAUUAAUACUGUUCUUUUUAUGACAAUUGAAACCCACAAAGUGAUUUUAUUCCCAUGACCUCUGGUUGAAUCAAUAGAUGCGAUUGUGCUUUUGAAAUCAGAAAGCUGGCUUGGUCAAACUUCAUUUUGCUGAUACUUCUGCAGUGGGUUUAUGCAGUACUAUUGCUGACAAUGUUUACAAAAUGGUUCGUGAGUUGGUUCUGUGAUUUAAAAAGGACGUGUAUCUACUGAAAGUCGGUGUGUUUACAAAAAGCUGUUGUGCGAUGGGGAACUUCGGCCCAAUCAGAUCACUCGCCGCUGCGUCCCAAAUGGCACCCUAUUCCCUAUACAAUGCACCACUUUUGACCGGGCUCUAGCCAAAAGUAGUGCACUGAAUAGGGAGCCAUUUAAGACUUAGACGGUGUCUACCACUUCACCAUGAAAUGGACUGAGGCACUGGAAUGCUUAUUUUACCAGGUUGUCCCCAUUAAGGUCAAACACUUCUUUUUCAAGGGAGACCUGGGUGGUGUGUUUUUUGUUUUGUUUUUGCACGAUGCUUUUCUACCUUAUCAUCACUUAGUAAUAGUACAACAUUCUGCACAACUGUGAUGUAAAUAUAAGCUUAAAAUCUGUGAACUAGUGAAAUAUAUUUGAAGAUCAUAAUCAGGAGGAUGUACAAAUGUAAUGUUUGUUGUGAAGCUGUACAGAAAUGGAAUGUAUCGAGCUAAAGCUUUUAGUUGUUCGAAAACUUAAGGGAUGUACAAUUUGACUUUUGGAGGGGAAAUAUUUUUCAUACUACUGUACUUGUAAAUGCAGGUAAAUAUCAGUCUGGCCUCUGCCUGGUCUGCGACCUGCUCUGUGUUUUUGUUGUAAAUAGGAGCAAUAUCAUGUCAGUAAAGUGCCAAUGUUCUGUAAGUAAAGUCAAAUUUCUGUUGUA